CGGAUACAAAUGAUAUUUGAGGAUACAACAGCGCUGAAAGGAUCAAUUGUUGAAUCAGAGGAUUGUUGGACAAUAUUUAUUUUGGAUGAAUGGAUACUGCAUGUUUUACCACCUCUCAGCGUAUUUCAUGUCUCAGGAUGAAUCCGGAUCUAGCCAAACCUUGUCCAGAACGUGAAGUUAUUCCUCCUACUAAACCGAACAGGACUAAAUCAGAACAAAUCAAACCAGAACUCGCCCAGGUGGUGACAGAUUCCAAGACAGGAAAAUCUUACAGCAAAGGAAAGCUUCUGGGAAAGGUAUUAUAUAAAUUUGAUGUAUGGAAUUACAUUUCUCACCGAAAUCAAUUAUUUAUACCAAUUCUGGUGACUAUGUGGUCGGAUGGUAGUAGUCUAAAGAAAUUGGAGAUUGCAGCGUCAGUGUUACAUUGUCAGUUUUCAUUCAUUGACAUGAUUUGUUCCCGGUUGGGUCGCAUGUUCUACAAAGCUACAAGUUACACUCCAAAUGUGAAUGCUUCAUUACGGGAUAAUUACCCCGCGCGGUACUGGCUAUGACAAACUUUCUCCCAGCGUCAUUCAUUCUCUCACGAGUCUAGCGAGAUGUGCCCCUCGUGUGCAUUAAUCUAGGCUACUAGCCCGAAAAUCGACAUUUAUUAUCUCUUCUGACUGCGGUGGUGGAAAUUGGCCCAUUGGCUAUCAUAAAACCAGCCACCGUUCUAAUACCACCCGUCAUGAGGAUAUACAUUAUUUUGCAAGUGCAAUAAUACAAUCUAACGUACGUGUCAUUGGUCAUUCAUUCGUUUAUAGAAUGUAUUUAUUAUAAAUGCCUCCGUCUGUGCUACUGCAUGGGAGAAACAAAUCAUUGUUAAUGUUUGUGAAAUGUCGCAUUACCCUAAUUAGAACAAUUAAAUGUUAUUAUAAACAAAAUGAUGGUGUAUUUAACACAGUUGCUAAUUAAACAAUUUCGAAGGUAUUUGAUGAAAGGAAAACGUCACAAUUAUGUACAAGAUAUAUGGUUGGAACAUACGUCAUUGGACAGGCAAUACAAACAGGCAGCCUAUAGUGUUGAAAGACAAGCAAAAGCAAUAUCAUUGUGAACAGCAUUCAUGUUGUUUUAUGGAUAGAAAAUAAAGGCUGAUGCUGAUUUGUAGUGUAUUGUUUUUCUUCAAAGGGUGGCUUUGCACGAUGCUAUGAAAUGACAGACCUUUCCAACAAGAAACUGUAUGCUGUAAAGGUGAUACCACAGAGCAGGGUGUCAAAACCUCAUCAGAGGGAUAAGGUAAGGAAACAUUUGAAUGUAAAUCUGCAGAUUUUAACUUUUUUUUUUCUUCUCAAGGAUUGGUCUCUAUUCCUACUUAUAUUCUGGUUAACGGUUUCAUUAUUAUUUUUUCAACAGAUAACAAAUGAAAUCGAGCUUCACAAAACCCUACAUCACAAGCAUGUGGUUAAGUUCUCCCAUCAUUUCGAAGACCCAGACAACAUCUAUAUUUUCCUUGAGCUCUGCAGUAGAAAGGUGAGCUGUGCGGCUGCUUUGUUCUGUUGUGGUACAGCUUGUGCAGGCAUUCUGAAGGGUGCUCAUUGGGUACUGACAGAAUUCUCACCUCGUCUUUGCAGUCCCUGGCACACAUUUGGAAAGCAAGACACACACUGACAGACCCAGAAGUGCGGUACUACCUCCGGCAGAUCAUAUCUGGGCUGAAGUACCUUCACAAUAGGGGCAUCCUUCACAGGGAUCUCAAAUUAGGUAUGUAGAGUGAUUUGUGGAAUAAGAUGUAUCUUGAUUAUUUUACCACACCAUCUAUCUCAUUCAGUUCAGCUAUUUAGAACAUCUCAAUGGGAUAUUUAGAAUUUGCCAUUUGGUUGUAGUUUCGUAUCAAAGCGUUUCAGCUGUGUGCCUAUUUCUCAUGGGAGGCCUGGAAAAAUGUACUUGAUGAAUGUUUCUCUUGCAGGCAAUUUCUUUGUGAAUGAGAACAUGGAGUUGCGGUUGGGAGACUUCGGGCUUGCAGCGAAGUUGGAAACAGUUGAGCAGAGGAAGAAGUAAGUCAACUGAUGGAAUGUGUCCGAUCCCGGAAUAUUCUUGUUUCCUUCUAAGCCAAUCCAAGGAAUAAUGCCUCUAAUGCAAACCUGUUUUUCCUCAGAACUAUCUGUGGAACACCUAACUACCUUGCACCCGAGGUGUUGAACAGGCAGGGCCAUGGAACAGAGUCUGACAUCUGGUCACUAGGUUGUGUAAUGUAAGUAUACUUGAAAUGUUUGUCUUGUGGCGUCUGAGUUAUGUUGUAUUUGACUUAGUGUAUACUUGCUGUUGACUUUGAUCUACAGUGGACCUACAGCUCUUACUUAGGUACUGAGGUACAGAAUUUCACGUAUGCAAAAAGUCGUUUUAUGGUUAUGAGGUAGGCCAUUGCUAAGCUAGUUUAGCUUUUAUAGUGUUACUCAAAUGACGCUAUGUCAAUAGUUGAACUCAAUUGGCAUUGGGGAGACUUACAGAUUAAUAUUUUCUUCAACCAGGUACACACUGAUGUGCGGGAACCCUCCGUUUGAAACCCUUGAUCUGAAGGAGACGUACAAGUGUAUAAAGGAAGUGAAAUACAACCUGCCCUCGACCCUGUCUCCUGCGGCUCAGAAGCUUAUCUCUGGCAUUCUGCAGAAGAACCCCAGCGACCGCCUCACACUGGACCAAAUCCUCAACCACCAAUUCUUCACAAAAGUACGUGACCAGGCACUGGAAUUGGGCUAGAAUUUACAGCAUUAAUGCCCAUAGCUUUUUUACUCAUUUGAUUACAUACAUACUGCCUUGAUUUGUAUGUUGAAUGGCUUUCCAAUUGGUUUGUUAUGCUUCUUGAUCUUUAGAUGAAAUGUGGGUACAAUUGGAGGGCUCAGCCAUGGCUAUAAAGUAUACUUUCUAAAGAGCAACACUCUGAAUAAUAGCACAUGCCCACUGACUAAAGAGUGAGGUCUCGAGAGGAUGGCAGUAUUCAGUAAGUGGUUGAUUUUUGAAGUGCCGACCUUGCAUUUUCCCUGUCCUAAACCUCUUUCUCUCCCUCUCAUAGGCGUUCACCCCAGACAAGCUGCCUCCCAGCAGCUGUGUGACAGUGCCAGAGCUCAACCUGCCCAGCCCUGCCAAGAAGUUCUUCACCAAGAUGGCCAAGAGUCUUUUUGGCAAGAGAAAAUCCAAAGGUAAGCGUUGUGGCAAGUCACAACUGACCUUAAAAAGGCUGCAGCCUAACCCCAGGAUUAACCCUAGAAUCAGGGUUUAAUUUAGCGUGUUUUUGUUUCAUAGUGGAGAAGAACCAUUGUGAAGAGCGGGAGAGCAUCUCCAAGCUUGUGUCCGGCAUCGUCAAAUGCUCCAUUAGUCGCCAGAUAAGCUAUAAAACAGUUGGUGCCAAUGAGGUAUGUAUUAUUUUGCAUGUGACAACACAUGGUACAGCCAAACUCUUCAAUAGCAUAGGCUAGAUAGUUUAUAGCAAAGGCUAGACAUGUUUAAUUACUUUAAGUAUGCAGUUCCUCUUGUUAGCUGAGAUGUAUUAGCUAAGGACCUAGCUCAGCAAGGGACUGUUAUGGGGCAGCCAUAGUAGUGAAUGUCUCAGAAUAGUGUUGUACUGUACUUAGCAGAAUCUCAUUUUAGCCAGACGAUCUAUGGGGAGACUGAGUGAUGGCUUAACCCCCACCUAAAAAUAUAUAUAUUGGAUUCAGGCCUGUGGAAUAAAUCCUGCAAAUGCAAUAUAUAUUGGAUUCAGGCCUGUGGAAUAAAUCCUGCACACUGCAAAUCCUUGUUUCUCAGCCCCCUGACAUCUGUUUCCCUAGCGGUGCUCAUUCAAUACAACUGCAUUUGAUUCAUGCGCCGUUCUUUGCUUUUUGGGUCAGAUUUAAAACUCUUGUAAGGAAGGAAAACCAGUUUUUGUUUCCUGAAGCUCAUGAAAGUGGUUUCCUGUUUCAGGCUCCCACUCCCACAGUAGGCCAGCAAGUCAGCUCUGGUCCUCUGGAUACUCCAGCUGAGGAGGAGUCCAGGAAGUCAGCAGCAUCAGGCUCCUUUAAAGGCACGGUGCCCAGCAUUACGGAACGUAAGUCACUACUCUGAUUGUUUUGAGUUUAACAUCAAUCAGCAGUUUUACUGAACAUGAUCAAUGCUUUAAAUGUGGAUUUGUGCCAAUUAUAGAGCAUCUUAAGAUCAAGGCCUUUUCCAUACCUAUACAUAUCAAUUACUGUGAAACAGCCUUUCACUUGUCUUUUUGGUAUAUCCAAAUGAAUCACAUCUGAAGUGGCUUGAAUGCACUGAUUGUUUCAUAACAUCUGAGCUCAUGGACCUGACAGGUGGUUUGAGUCAGACUUUCACACUGUUGGUGGUGAUAAGUUAAACCUCACCCUCUCCUAUCUCUCUCCAGCGUGUGAAGAUGGCCUUACCCCUGCUGCUGUUGCGGAGUCAGCCAUGAAGGUCCUCAACAGCUGUUUGUCUGCCAUGCCUGCAGGUGAGCUUUCAGCCUCUCCGCAAGCUAGUAUUCAUUGUGGCUUUAUUAUACUGAAAUUGUCUUUAAGUAGCCUUCUCUUAAUGAGUCUCUCUUCCUCUCCAGCUACAAUAAACCCACCUUGUCUCUCCAGACCCAAAUCCUUUAUCUGGGUCACAAAGUGGGUUGAUUAUUCCAAUAAAUAUGGCUUUGGCUACCAGCUCUCAAAUCAAGACAUUGGUGUGCUCUUCAACGAGGGGACACACUUGAGUCUGUGUGAUCAGCGCAAGUAAGAGCCCUUUUCAACUCAUUUAACAAUAUUCAAGCAGUUAUUGGCCUUAUUUUAAUGCUUUGACCAAACUGAAUUGUGUUUUGUAGCCUUUUGAUUGUCUUAAACCGUUGUCUUGUCUAAUGUAUUUUCAUUGUCUUCCCCAUAGGACUGUGCAUUACUGCAUGACCAACAACAAACACUUCACCUUCCAGGCCAGUGCUUUACCAGAGCAGCUCUGCAGCCAGAAGCAGAUUGUGGAGCUUAUGGCCAACUACAUGGAACAGAACCUCAUAGAGGUAAGGCAUUGGAGAAGGAAGUUAUAGGUUGUGUCCCAAAUGGUACCCUAUUUGCUUUAUUGAGCCCUGGUCAAAAGUAGUGCACUACAUGGUGAAUUGGGUGCCAUUUGCGACUCGGACAUAGUAAUUAGUCAUUUUAUUUGAUCAAGGAAUCAGUAAUCAGCUUGCAGUUUGCUGUUCUAAGUGGGAUUUUAAUGUAAUGUUUUUUCUCUUACAGGGUGGAGACCUCCACUGUAAAGACCAGCCUCCCUCCCAGCCACCUCUCCUUCUGCAGUGGGUGAAGACCGACCAUGCUCUGGUGAUGCUCUUCAACAACGGUACACUGCAGGUAAGACCUACUGCUACACUUCUGUCCUUUUGAGUAGCACAAUUUUAACUGCAAGACUGUUAUACCCCACUCAGUGUAAUUAUAUUGUAUACAAUUCCCUUUGUCUCAUUGUGUGCAUUCACCAUCCUUUUUCUCCCAGGUGAAUUUCUACACUGACCACACCAAGAUCAUCCUGUGCAAGUCCUCUGACUCCUACCUACUGACCUACAUCAGCCGCGAGCGCGUGUCCUACACUUACCUCCUGAGCAUGCUGUUAGAGAUUGGCUGUUCUGCCGAGCUGCGGCACCGCAUGCUCUAUGUGGUCCAGCUGCUCGAACACCAUGUGGACUCAUAAUGGACCGGAGUAAGGUGAAGUUUCCCCUAAAUGCUGAUCUGGGGUCAGUUUUGAAUUUCCCCCUC